UAUUAAAAUCCGCGCUGAUAUGAUCAAAACCACGGUUAAAUUGUUCAUGUCUAAACGCCAGUAAUAUGUAUUUUUAGUACACAUCUAUGGAUAUAAUAUUAAAAUAUGUGUUUCAUUGACGUCUCAUAGAAAACCAAAGGAAUUAGUACAGAUUUAAAUUUAAAUCUAAGGAUUGAUUUUGAAUAGAUAGAAAUAAAUUAUUGUAUAUGAUUCCAUCAUAUGUAAAUUGAAUAUAAAUUUUAGAUAUGGGUUUUGUAAGAAGACUUUUAACUAGACGGUCGAAAAGUCUUUGGACAAUUUUUAUAUUGACGUUCAUAAAUAUGAUUUUUAUUAUCAGGAUGACAUUUAGAAAUUUUCCAGAGGACAUUACAAUGGAUGGUUAUCCGAGGGAGCAGAAGAAGGUAGUGCAGUUACAGCCAUGCCCACAACCGGCGAUGAUAUCUAAGGAUUUCAGUCAAAACCGGAACAAAGUGGGCAGUUAUCCCUUAGGAGACUCUAUCAAAUACCUACCUAAACUAGGGCUGCAGGAUUUUGACCACGUAUCAAGUUACCUGGGUGACCCGGUUAUUGUCACGGCCGCUUCAUUUAGUCAUUUCACUUUUGUCGACGGGUUAGUUAAAAGACUUAUAACUAACAUGAAGCCGAAGCUGAAAAUAGUGGUUUUUGACCUUAGCUUGACUGAAUAUCAAAAACGAAAGAUAUGUGAAGAUGGGAAUUGUGUCCUCCGAAAGUUCCCGUACAAUGAGUAUCCAGCUUUCUUAAAGGAGAAAAAACACACCAUAGCCUGGAAGCCCGUUCUUAUACAGAUGGCUCUUCAAGAAUUUGGCUUUGUUAUAUGGAUGGAUUCCGCUGUUUAUUUACCAGACGGAAAUUUACAACCGGGUAUUGAUAUUGCACGCACCCACGGAAUCGCCGCCGGGCACAAGAGGGUGACACACCCAGACAUCAACAUUGCAUUCGAAACCGAUAAUGCCACGUUCAACAGCCUCGGGGAGAAACCAUGUGCAUUUCAAACAAGUUUUAAAUUCAAUGCAGCUUUUAUAUUCAUCAGGCGAAGUUCGUUAACUUAUAAGUUUAUCAUGAGACCCUGGAUAUCAUGCGCUCUAACAGAGACUUGUAUCAUGUCAGACCGGGAACCAAAUUCCAAAUGUGUAGAUGCGGAUAAGUUUGGAUACUGCCAUAGAUUCGACCAAUCUAUAUUCAGUAUCAUUCUAAAUAGAUUAUAUCAUACUAAACUAGCUGAGAUAGAUCUUGGAAACAAGGUGAAAUGGACGAAAUGUUACAGGAGGGAUUCUGUUGUUAUAUUUAACGAAAUGGUGUUUAAAGACAGUGAUUCUGAUAUCGUUCAAUGUCCGUUGUAGUUACCCAUUGGACAUGGAUAGGAGUAUGUAGCCUAGAAUGCUGCAUGAAUCUAUAUCAUGGUUAAAAAUAUAUGGGGGGUUUGUAGCAAACUGGUUGUAAGAAGGAGUUUUCACCAAUUCUACCGGACGAUUACACAGCUGUCAAAUCUAUAUUGAACGGGGCACUAUCGGAGUAUGAUAUAGGUUUAACGGCUCCUCAUCAACAAUCAUUCUAUGACAUCUACGUAACCAUGGCAACUACGUCCUAUGGCUAAAUCUAUACAAAACAAAUUUGUGCAAAAAAUCUGUACACAUUAUUUUCUGAAUCAAUAAAGAUUUCUGUACAAAAUGCUUUCAAGACAACAUGCAAAACAAGUCAAAUAACAUCAGUAUUGUUGU